UCUUUUGCAGUCCAAUAAUGAAUACAGUUUUCAGACUUUUUAGUUUGGUCUUACUAGCAAGCCUUCCAAAAGGAUAUGCCAUGGAUAAUUUGAAACUAUCAUCUGGUUAUAACAUUCCAAGCGUUGGUUUGGGUACAUCUUCGAUUAAGCCUUAUGAUCUAGAAAAUGCAAUAAUUAACGCUCUGGAGAAUGGAUACAAACACAUUGAUACAGCUUUUACUUACCAUAAUGAGGAAGCUAUCGGGAAAGUUUUAAAAAAAUGGUUUGCAAAAGGCGGAGCACGAGAAAAUCUAUUUAUUACAUCUAAACUACCUAGUCAAGGUAAUAGACCUGAAAGUGUAGAAAAGUAUCUAAAACAAUCAUUGAAAGAUUUGGGUUUAGAUUAUGUUGAUAUGUAUUUAAUUCAUACGCCAUUUGGUUUAAAAGAAGGAGUAAAUAACUCACCUAAGGAAGUAAAUGGAAUAGAAAUAUUUGAAAACGUGAAUCAUAAUGCUUUAUGGAAGGAAAUGGAGAAACAAGUAAAAAAUGGAUAUGCUAAAUCUAUUGGUUUGAGUAAUUUCAAUCAAUCACAAAUUGACAAUGUUUAUAAGAAUGCAGAAAUUAAACCAAGUAAUUUACAGGUGGAAAUUCAUGCGUACCUUCCACAAAAACAACUGCGGCAAUUUUGCAAGAAGCACAACAUCGUGGUAACAGCAUAUGCACCCCUAGGUUCUCAUAACUCGAGAACUUAUUUGCACAAAAGCACCGGGAAGGAUUUACCAGCUCUCAUUGAUCUUCCGAUUAUUAAGGAUUUAGCCCAGAAGUACAAGAAAUCUCCAAGUCAGAUAUUACUUCGACAUACUGUUCAGGACGAUCUAGUUGUUAUCCCAAAAAGUUCAAAUUCCGAUAGGCAGAAGUUAAAUAUCGAUCUCUUCGACUUCAAAUUAACAGCCGAGGACGUAAAGAAGAUUGACAAUUUAGACAAGGGCGAAAAAGGUCGAGUCUUUGACUUUUUAAAAUUCUACAAGGGCCUUGAAAACAAUCCUCAGUAUCCAUUUGUUGAGCAAUCGUAAGCAGAUGUUAUUUAAUAAACAACAUUAAGGAUUUAAAAAGUCAUCAGCAUUAAUUAAAUUCUAGAUUAUUAAGCAUGUUAUUUAACAGUAAAUUAAUCAUACCAUCCUUUUUGU